AGGGUUGUGAGGAACCUGGAGUCUUUCCCCAGGGGUUUCAGGGGGCACAAGGCAGGGGAAACAAUGGACAGAGUGCCAGCCAAUCGUUAAGUAUGAGAAUCUCACACACUUACACAACUAUUCACACACGAUGGAUGUCUACACAUGGCUGAACUGGAGGAGGAAACCGAAGCACCCAUGCAAACUUUGCAUACACACAGCAGAGACGGGAAUCAAACCAAAGUCCAAAGGGGCAGGACAAACAUACUUAAAGAGCAUUUAAGCCUGUGCUGCCUAAGAGAAGGACUGUCUAAAGAGUCCUAAAACCUGAAAAGAGUAAUUAGUGGACACAUUAGUGAGUGAACAUGAUUUAUUUUGUGACUAGCCGGGAGUAGUUACUGUAAGCUUGCAUUUAAAAAAAAAUCCUUUGUCUCUUUGGAUGACACUUUCAGCCUGCAAUCUGAAGCACCUGUCAUGUUUACUUCACUUCCUGCAGUUAGUUUGAUUCAGGGACGAAUCACUUUCUCUUUGAAAUCGAGCUGUACCAGAAUGUGCUUGGAACCAGACUCCUUCAUCACCUCCUUCAGUGGACUGAUGUAAUCCUAGGCUGUCUUCCUCCUCACUUCUGCUGAUUCUCUUCGGAUGUGACUUCUGCCAAGACUUCCUUCUACAAGGAAAAGCUUGAAGCUUCUGCACAAGAUCCCCAAAAGCUCCACAACAUCUCUGCACUACUCAACCCUCUGACUCCACCUGCUCCAUCCUCCCUGACUGCGAAGAUUCCGCAACUUUUUACACAGAGAAGAUUGAGAAGAUCUGCCAGACCUUCACGUCUGCCCCAACUUCAUCUACAUUACACAGUCAGGACUCAGCUACUCAUUCACUGAAGCAUCUCUCAACCAUAGCAGCAGAAGAGGUUUUGCAAAUCAUCCUGUCCUGCAAUCCUACCACCUGCCCACUCGAUCCAAUCCCUUCCACUAUGCUCCAGACCAUCUCACCUGACCUCCUGCCUUUCAUCACUACAGUCAUCAAUGGAUCCAUAACAUCUGGUCAGGUACCAAAUGCCUUUAAGAAAGCAAGGGUUAUCCCUAUACUGAAGAAACCUGCUUUGGAUCCCUCUGACAUCAAAUAACCUCCAUGAUCCCAACCAGUCUGGCUUCAAAGCAGCACAUUCCACAGAGACUGCCCUUCUGGCGGUCACUGAGAAACUACAUGCUGCUAGAUCGGCCAAGCUGCCAUCAGUCCUCAUCCUUCUCGACCUUUCUGCAGCAUUUGACACAGUUAACAACAAGACUCUCUUGUCCACCCUCAGGAGUCUUGGAAUUUGUGGAACAGCAUGGGAAUGGUUUGCUUCCUACCUGGAUGGUCACAUAUAUAAGCUCAGUUCAAAGGCUGCAUCUGGAGAACACUUUUGAUAAGGCAGUGACUUUGCUGAGACACAGUCAGUGCUCGGGGAAGAUGACUGUCCUGUGGAUCUUGGUUUUGUUCUUUGGGACCUCUGCGGUCUGGGCUCAAACAGUUGAGGACAGAGCCAAAGAGUUCCUAAAGAAAUUUGAUGAGGAUGCAUCCCGUAUCAUGUAUCAGUAUAGUCUUGCGUCUUGGAACUACAAUACGAACAUCAACACAGAGAACUCUGACAAGCUGGCAGCACAGGGAGCGAUCUGGAGCGCCUUUUACUCUGAAGCAUCAGAGCAGUCCAGCGCUUUCCCUAUUGAUCAGAUUUCUGAUCCAGAGACUAAGCUCCAGCUCCAGUCUCUCCAGGAUAAAGGGUCAGGUGCUCUGUCACCCGAUAAAGCCAGUCAUCUUGGUAAAGUCAUGAAUGAGAUGAGUACAAUUUAUGGCACAGGGACGGUGUGUAAAAUCAAUGACCCCUUCGACUGUGAAACUUUGGAACCAGGGCUGGAAGCAAUCAUGGCUGACAGCAGGGACUAUAACGAGCGGCUGCACGUGUGGGAAGGAUGGAGGGUUCAGGUGGGCAAGAAGAUGAGGAGACUCUAUGAAGAUUAUGUAGACUUGAAGAACGAAGCAGCCAGGCUGAACAAUUAUAAAGACCAUGGAGACUACUGGAGGGCUAAUUAUGAAACAAUCGAUGACCCAAAAUACAGCUACACCCGAGAUGAACUGAUGACAGACGUGAGACGCAUAUAUAAUGAGAUUCUGCCUUUGUACAAAGAACUUCAUGCAUAUGUGAGAGCCAAGUUGCAGAACACAUAUCCUGGCCACAUCGCUUCUAACGGCGGUCUUCCAGCCCAUUUGCUUGGUGAUAUGUGGGGAAGGUUUUGGACCAACCUUUACCCACUCUCCGUCCCUUAUCAAAACAAGCCUGAUAUUGACGUCACCUCAGCGAUGAUAGAACAGGGCUGGAAAGAACUGCGGCUGUUCCAGGAAGCAGAAAAGUUCUUUGUAUCUGUGAACAUGUCAGCCAUGUUUCCUAACUUCUGGACAAAUUCAAUGUUCGUAAAGCCGGAUGACGGCAGGAAAGUGGUGUGUCAUCCCACAGCAUGGGACAUGGGCAACCGAGAGGACUACAGGAUCAAGAUGUGCACUACAGUGAGCAUGGACCAUUUUCUAACCGCUCAUCAUGAGAUGGGACAUAACCAGUACCAGAUGGCUUAUCGAAACCUGCCUUACCUUCUCCGAGAUGGAGCCAACGAGGGCUUUCACGAAGCUGUGGGAGAGAUCAUGAGCCUGUCGGCCGCAACCCCGUCUCACCUGCAGUCCCUGGGGCUCCUGCCCUCUGACUUUAUAGAAGACACAGAGACAGAAAUUAACUUCCUGCUGAAACAGGCCCUUACCAUUGUGGCAACUUUGCCAUUCACUUACAUGCUGGAGGAAUGGCGUUGGCAAGUGUUUCAGGAAACAAUCCCCAAAGAGCAGUGGAUGCGCCGCUGGUGGGAGAUGAAGCGAGAGCUGGUGGGUGUGGUAGAACCUUUACCUAGAGAUGAGACAUAUUGUGACCCACCUGCUCUUUUCCAUGUGUCUGGGGAUUAUUCAUUUAUCCGAUACUUUACAAGAACCAUCUACCAGUUCCAGUUUCAGGCUGCACUUUGCAAGGAAGCCGGCCACAUCGGACCCCUUUACAAAUGUGACAUCACUAACUCCACCAAAGCUGGCAACAAACUUAGACAGAUGCUUGAGUUGGGCCGAUCAAAAUCUUGGACCCGGGCUUUGGAAGAUAUCUCGGGUGACACCAGGAUGGACUCCCAACCUCUGCUGAGCUACUUCAGAACAUUGUACGACUGGCUUAAGGCUGAAAACCAGAAAAACAACAGACAGCCAGGCUGGAAUCCUGCUAUAGAUCCAUAUUCUGAAAAUGCUUUUAAAGUGACAGUGAGUCUAAAGUCUGCCCUGGGAGAUAAUGCAUACCAGUGGAAUGACAAUGAGAUGUACCUCUUUAAGGCCUCCAUGGCCUUUGCCAUGCGACAAUACUAUUUAGAAACCAAGGGUGAAAUUCUCGAUUUCACGGUAGAUAAUAUCUACACCUACAAAGAAACACCAAGAAUCUCUUUUUACUUGUUGGUGACUGAUCCUAUUAAUGCAACUCGGAUUAUUCCCAAAGCAGAAGUGGAGGCCGCUAUCUGGCUGUCCAGAGGUCGCAUCAAUGGGGUUUUUCAGCUGACUGAUGACACGCUGGAGUUUGAAGGCCUGCGUGCUACACUGGCUCCUAACACAGAGCCACAGGUUCAAACGUGGUUGAUUGCUUUCGGAGUGGUGAUGGGGUUGGUAGUUUGUAUUGGCCUUUACAUCGUCAUCACGGGCGCCGUGAACAGGAAGAGGAAAGCCAAGAAUAUGGAAAAUCCUGAGAACCCAUAUGAGGAACCUGAUGGGACUGUGAACAAAGCUUACGACAGCGAGAGUGAACAUACAGGAUUUUAAUCUGCAAAUCCUCCUAGAGACAAAAGCAGACAAACAUG